CUGCGGCUUGCUCUGCGGUAUAAUCGUGGAUAGCAAAGUUUAAAAGGUGUAUUUUUUAUAGAAGCUAGACAUAAGCGCAUGGAAAACGGUGUGGAAAAUGGUUUAUUGGCCGAUGGCGACCAACUAGAAGCUCGUGAAAACCAAAUGGGCAGCAGCACUGACGGAGAGGGUGAAGGCGAGGGCGACUCGACGCCACAGCCGCCGCAAACAACAAAUGACGAUGUAAGUGACGGCGAUGUGGAUGGGGAACGCGAUAUGUCUGUGUCGGAUGCGGCUGAAGCAGAAGCCGAAGCGGACACAGAACCAACUCCAGCUGAAAAUGCAGCACCCUGUCCGAUAUCCAUCCUGGAUGAUAGUUUGUGCGAAAAAGAUGUAGACAGUGAUGUGCCCGAUGACGACAAUGAUGACGAGGCAAAGGAAAACUACGAGGGUUUCAAUGGGACUGGACGCACUGUGACACUCCAAACACUAAUGGCUGCAAAUGUGCUACAGCCUGGAAAAUCGCUAAUGACAAUAGAUUACGUGGGAGAUCUGCUGCCGGACGGUAAAAUUAAAUCUCAAGAGACUGAAACCAUAUUUGUAACGCCCAGUGCUUGGGCCAUGCACUGCAAGAGAAUUAUAAAUCCCGAGAAGAAAAGUGGUUGCGGUUGGGCUUCCGUUAAAUAUAAAGGAAAGAAACUAGACGCCUAUAAGAAUACAUACUUGCGGAAGUGUGCUUUACAGAAGGAGUCAACACCCGAGGAUGGCGAUAUAGAUGCUGAGCGAAAAACUGAUUCGCCCGAUCUGGUUGUGAAACGCACAGUAUUUCCGCACAAUACGGCCAAUCGCAAUAUAAUUCAUGAUGCCAAUAUGCUGAUUGAGGCCGUUCCCUUUACAUCAGUUGGCAAAUUGCAACCAUUUCUGCUAAGCAUAACAUCAUCGGCAUUGUUAUUGGCCGACUUUCAUUGCCAUUUGACGGUGCGCGAGGUGUGCGGCUAUUUGGGAGGCACUUGGGACAUGAACACGCACACUUUGACAAUUACGAAAACAUAUCCAUGCCGCAAUACACGCUUUGAUCGGCAACGUGCUGGGGAAGUGGAGCGUGACAUACAGAAAAUGAUGGUACAAGAUCAGGUGCUGCUCGUUGGCUGGUAUCACUCGCAUCCCAAGUUCCAGGCUGAGCCCACUCUACGCGAUUGCGACUCCCAACUGGAUUAUCAGAUACGCAUGCGGGGCGCAAGUGACUUAACAUAUACUCCAUGCGUUUCACUCAUUAUUUCACCCUAUUAUGAAGAGAAUCCAACCUUGGAGUCGGUGGUCAAGUGUAUAUGGAUUGUGCCGCCAAAUGAAAACAAACAGUCCAUGGAAUACGGACGACCGAUGUUAAUGCAAUAUUCGGUGCUGCCCGACAAAGAGAUUCCUGAAGAGGUGCGCACUGAAAUUCAAUCCUGCGUCGAUUAUUAUACCCAAUAUCGCGGCGAGAUUGUUAAAUUUGGUAACAUUUACAAUAACGACGUGACGUACAACGAGAAAUUGAAGAACACGCUCUAUCCGAAAUUCCCAACAAAGCAAAGUGAUAAGGCGUUAUGGAAUUGGUUAUGUGCCGUCCUAGACUGUGAGCAGGAGGAUGAUUUUAUACCACCGAAGACGAUUAAGAUCAUUGACAACGACGACAAUGAAAUGAUUGUUAAAACGGAAACGCAGUCGUCAACUGAGUCGAUUAACGAUAUUAAGCUGGAGCAGCAGAUGCCCAAAGAGGAGCCAUUGGGCGAGAUAAUACACUUGAAUUCCGUUGAGGAUGUGGCACGUAAAACCGAGGAGGAAACUUCACUGCAGGCGGAGCAAAAAGCUAGCGAGUUGAAAGUAAUGUCGCUACAGGAACAACUUUGUAUGCCAUCGGGACUUAAUAUGAAUCCAGUGCGCAUGUUGUCACCGCUGGCAACACCAAAUCCAACGAAUCACACGCCAGCGGCGACACCAAAUGUCGUGGCACCAGCCAUCCCACUGAAUGCUGCAACCACGCAGCUGUUGCCACCGCAGUUGCCGUCUGUAAAUAGUGCAACAUCUGUGUCUGUUGUGCAAUCCGCUUCACCGCGCGACAGUCCCACAAAUAUACAAUUGCAAUCGAAUGCUGCCAGUCCCGCCAAGUUUGAGCUGCCAGUGCGUGCCUCGCCAUCGCCAGCCAAGUCGGAUACCUCGUCACAUACGUCACGUACACGUAACUCUCCGGCGCCGAGUCCGGGCAAGUUCAGCGUCAGCGACAUUGCCCGCAAUAGUCCGAGCUUGACACCCAAUAAAUAUGAUACAUUGGCCACGCCUCUCGUGCCGCCUUCGGCUGCGUGCUUGCCCACGGCCAAUGAUCUGAUGGCGGCCAGUUUGGCACAGCUGGCUGGACAAUUGCCGCCCAACUUUCUGCAGGCUGAUCUGUCUGCGCUUUUUCAGCAGCAACAGCGCAAGGAUUACGGCAGCUCGUCGCUCAAUCAAUUGGCUGCAGCGGCAGCUAAAGUCGGUGGUUCCAAGCAGUCGAGCAGUGCGUCGGCAUUGAGUAAUCUAAGUGAUCCCAAUGUGGCAGCUGCAGUGGCUGCUUAUUCUAAUAGCUUCAACAUGCCGUUGCCUACUAUCAACGCCAGCGGCAGCAUCAGCAGCAACAACAACAGCAAUAAUAAUAACAACACCAACAGUGGCAGCAAAUCAAAGCUGGAACGCUCCUCCAAAUCCUCAGCGUCGUCAUCAUCAUCGAACUCCAGCUCAUCUUCGAACUCGUAUAAAACGAAGCUCAUGAAAGAGUUGGAUGAGCUGAAGAAUGAUCCAUUGAAGAUGAGUGAAUUGAUAAGAUCGCCGGAAUAUGCAGCGUUGUUGUUGCAACAGGCGGAGGCAUUGGGCGCCACAACACUGGGCACAUUGGGUUUCGGUUCGGAUUUGAGCUACUUAACGAGCAAUCAACCAGUUGCAAAUCCAACAAGCAGCAAAUCUGCAAAGUCCACAUCGGCAACGUCAUCAUCGUCGGCAGCAUCGGCGGCUGCUGCUGCAGCGGCUCUUAAUGCUGACUACAACAACUUAAUACAAGCAUCCAAGUUGCUGGGCUAUGAUUCCUACAUGCAGCAGCAGACGAAGCAAAGCAACGACCUCAAUGCGUUCCUACAGCAACAUAUGGCUGCCGUGGCAGCUGCUUCAAUUCCCCCGCCUGUUGCCAGCAGCAGCAGCACAAAGAAACAGCAGCAACAGCAACAGCAGCAACAACAACAGCAACAACAACAGCAACAACAACAGCAGCAACAACAGCAGCAACAAUCUGCCGCUGAUUACACUGCAUUGUUGCAGACUUAUACCAAGUUGUUUGAUCCGAACAAUCAGUUUGCCGCCGCCAUGGCCUCCACUGGGAGCAAGCACAUGAGUGGAGCACACAAUGAACUGUCCGCCUUGUUGGCAGCUGGCGCUGGUGGCGCUGGCAGCCCUGUUAGUCUCAAGCAGAAGCAGAAGGACAUGCAGUCGGAUAUGCUCAAUCAAUUGCUGCAAUUGGAGAAACAAGAUUCGGAAAUCAAGGCACUGCUGUAUCGCCAGAAUAAGGCAGCUGCUGAUUUGGAUGCACUCUUUGCCACGCCAUCGGGUGCUGCCGCUGUUGCAGCUGCUGCUGCGGGCAAUGCCACCAAAUCGGGCAACAAUUCGUCUGCUGCUGCCACAAUUGCUACUGGCGUGCCGUCACCAUCAACUUUGUCCAAUUCGGCGGCUUAUUACAAUGCCUUGGCGCAGGAGAAGAUGCAGGAUUAUGCGGCUUUCUUUCAGCAACAGCAUGGCAAAUACGGCAUACCCGAUCCGCUGUCGAAGACAACGUUAGCCGCUAAUAAUAUGUUCAUGUCGCCAUCGGCGCUGUUUAAGAUACAGCAGGAAUCUCUAUCGGCCAUGAUGAUGAAGCCACCGAAAUCGACAACGCCAUCUUCGGCACGUACCAGAGAGUCGUCUGCAUCGCCGGCCUUGGAGCGCCUAACGCCCACCAAGUCUAUCAGUGGCGGCGGCGGCGGAGGUGGCGGUGGCGGUGGCAAUUCCAAUUCCAAUUCUGGCAGCAAAUAUAACUUUAGUGCCGUCGAUUUGGCCAUAUCCAGUGUGCCCUCGAAUACGCCAUCGCCGGCGCCAUCCGAUGGCAGCAGCGGUUCCUCGCAUCGUCGUCCAUCGCCGGAUCUGAGUCGCCUUUAUGGCGAAUUGGCGCCACCAGGUGCUCUGCUGGGCAACGCUUUGCCCAAGAAACGCAUGGAGUUUGCAUCGGUUGCAGAUUUGGCAGCUCCGCCGCCAGCAAAAAUACCCAAGAAUAAUGUUGGCGAUGAUGUUUUAAAUUUGUCACACGAUUAGGAUAGGCGAUUCGGGCGCUUCUCCUAUCGAGUGUAUGCCCCAGUGAACGCAGUAUUUCCUCAACAGUAUCUAUCCCCAAUCUUCAGUAUCUAAUGUCAAGCGAAUCUCCCCAAAACUCCAGAACCAAACAUCUUCUUUAAUAUGAUUCCCAAUUGUUUUUUAACAAAACAACUUUUUAAGUUGCAAUUGCAUGCGAUUUGAGAUUGUAAAAUGCGAAAAAUUAACAAUUUUAUUCAAUCAAUAAAAGAAUAAUAAGAGGCAGAAGGUUAAUGGAAAACAAUAAUCAGUAUUUCCACAAUGAAAAUUCAUUACUAAUGAAAAGAAUUAUUCAUUUAAAUUCAAUACGAAAUGACAUUCAUACUGCAUUGCUGAUCAUUUGUAAUAAAUUUGAUAUACUUGCAAUAUAUCCAGAAUGUAGAUAAAUACAUAUAAAGAAUUACAGAUGCAGUUACACAUAAAAAUAAAGAUACAGAUAAAGAUACAGAUACUUAUGCAUUGCAGCCCCAAUGUUGGGUAUAUUUAGUGCUUGAUGUCCUUAAACAUUUAAUUUAUACUAUUUACUAUUUUAGGUUUAAUUAAUGCACAAAGGUACUUUAAGUAUUUUAAUAUAGUACAUACACAGACUCACAAACACAUAAGCAUACACAUGCUCACACACACACUCAUACAGACACCCACACAAUACAGACAUAUAUACAUAUAUAAAGUGUAAUACCUACUGCAUAAUUUCAAAUUGACUUUGCCGCAAUAAAAUAUAUAAACUAGUUAUUUAGUUUACAAUACUAAAUAGAAAAUAAA